AGGAACAUCUGGAUGCAAAGGAACUUCCUUUGCAUCCAGAUAGAAAACAAAAUUUCUCUCGCAUGUGGCUGGUCAGCAUCGAUUGUUAUUCAGGAUUUGGAAAAUAGACUUCGUUUCCAUAUUGAAGGAUUUCUUGGGUUUCUGGGCUCUGCAAGCCACCAGCUCCUCCGUGUCCACGAGCAAUUGGGUAUUCGCCCUUCAAUACAAGUACACCAGCAUCGUACUGAUUAUCUGCAGCACUUCUGUGGCCAUCAAUCAGUUUUUAUUCCACCCCAUAAAUUGCAAUGAAAACCGUGGAUUGGACACAUUAUGUUGGAUGCGCAAAUCUUUCCAUAUACCUUUUAUUUUUAGUGAAAAAUAUGGUGUUCAAGUUAAUUAUGGUUCAGAACAAUACCAUUCGUAUUAUCAAUGGUUCUGCUUCGUACUACUCGUUCAAGCUAUCAUGUUUUAUCUUCCUGGACACUUCUGGCAGGCAAAGGAAAAAGGUCGCAUGAAGAAACUUGUCCUGGGACUCGAUUCUCCCAUAAUACCUGCAGAAGCUAAAAGUAUGAACACAGCACUUAUUGUGCGGUAUCUUUUGGCCAGCAUGCGUUAUAAUCGCAGAUAUUUUAUUCAUUUCGUCGUAGCCGAGGUCUGGAAUUUCAUCAACGUUGUUGGGCAAGUCUACUUCAUAGAUUACGCAUUUGGUAAAGUAUUUACAACUUACGGAUUGAAAGUGAUCGCAUUCACAGAAUGGGAGUUUUAUGAACGACAUGAUCCAAUGGCAAAUAUUUUUCCGAAGAUGAUCGAAUGCACCCUCUAUAGUAUCGGACCGUUAACUGAUGUUAUGAAAACUAAAACAAGAUGCGCUCUUCCAAUUAAUGAAGUAAGCGAGAAAAUUUACAUCCUCCUGUGGUUCUGGUUUUGCAUUCUUGCCAUCUUAUCUGGGUUGGCUCUGAGUUUCCGGCUUGUUGCUACCACGAGUCCUAAGGUCCGGUUCCUGGUCACGAGAUCUCGGGAUACAGCUUGUGACCCAGAUUUACUUAAAACCGUCAUAAUCAAGCUCGGUUUGGGAGACUGGUUUGUGCUGGACAUGCUGGCUAAAAAUGUAGAUCCUCAACAUUUUAAAGACAUCGUCCAUCAUUUGGCUAAAGAAUUGGAUAGAGGAUAGAAUAACUUCGAUUUGGUGAAUGAAAACGAUGUUUUAAUUUUUUUAAUUAGCUUUCAAAUUAAUCAGGAUUACAUAGAUUUUUAUGUUAACUAUUCUUAGCAAACCCGAAUAUUUCAGGUACUGAUUAAAACACAUUGAAGUAUG